GGAAUGAGAGCGAGGUUAGGAUUAGGAAUUGCUAGGGAUCGGAAGCAGCACAUGAACAAGACAUUAUCAUUUACCAGAAACAAAUCUAGUUGUUCAGCAACAGCAGCAGCAGCAUCGGAGAAGAAGAAAGAGGAGGAAAAGUCGGUCUACUUAUAUUUCAAGGAGGAGACAACUAGUCACAAGGGUGUUCAUGACUGUAAACAUCGCACGAGAUUCCCUAUCCGCUCCGUCAAACUGAGCUACUUGUUAUCACCUUCGUCAUCGACCAAGACCAAUAUUGAUGAUGAUCCCAACAUCAGUGAUGAAGUCUUGCCUGACUUGAGGGAAACUCGUCGUUUCAUCAGAAGCUGGGCUCGGUCCUCUCCCCACUUCCUUUUCACUUCCCCUGCCCCAGGAGGAGGAGGAGGCCCCGCAUUUUCACAAUCCUAUGCUUCCCAGAUUUGUUCAUUACGAAACAAGGCCAAAGUACUCAACAAAAAUUUCCCGGUGAUUAAGCGUAUGAAGAAAAAUGAAGAUGAGUUGCUAUUUCUCGAGGAGGAGCUGCCGGCGGACCGAAAACUCUAUUGUCUCUCCCCCAAUCAAGUUUUCCAGGUUUUGGAUACCAAGUCGAAGGAAUGGUUAUCUCUAGAGGCGCCUCCAGGUACCCAACACAGAGGCAGCUUCUGCUUCUGCUCUGCAGUUUUCGGCACCAAAGUCUUACUCUGGUACGAAAAUAAUGUUGGAGUCUAUUGUUUUGAUGUCACCCAACCGGAGAAAGGAUGGUCAUCGACCUCACCAUCGUUGGGAAACUGCAUUCCCUUUCUCAAUUGCAGGUCCCCUUUUGUUCUUGAGCAUGAUAAUAAUAACAAUUUUAUUAUGUUCACCUUUGAUCCCGUAGCACAUGAUCACCCUGUAAAAGUCUUCCUCAUGUCUCAUCCAUGUGAUACAUUGCAACCCCUGAACCAACCUCUGCAAUUUCCAGAGGUCCCAGAUAUGCCUUCUAACUUUUGGAAUGAAAAUCCCGUUGAUUAUCAUUUUUGUCCAUCUAGGAGGUCAAAAAAUCUGCCUUGUUUUGCACAAGUUCUCCUACAUUUUGGAAAGGGAGACUAUUCCUGGUUAUCGACAUGUGUCUCCGCCUCAGUGGGAGGAGAUUUCUUUUCGUGGCAGAAACAAGGGGAAUCUUAUUCUCAUAACAUUUGAAUAUGAAAUUAACUUCGCAUCUUUGGACAUAGAGUACCGUGUGCUCACUACUCGUCACCUUGAAUACACCGGGAAGCGGGAUCCUAAGAGCGAAUUUUCUACAUUUACCACACGCGCAAAUCUAGCUGGUGCUACUGUGCUUUAAAUCUGUUCGUGGACUAUAUUUAGGCUGUUAGAGGCUCGAAGGGAUUCAUGUAUCUUUAUGAUUGAUCAGUUUGUGAUUGAUCCCGCUGAACAUGAAAGGACUAGCAUUGAG